AUGCUCCGUCAUCCGCGUGUCCUCUCUAAGGCCAUCAACUUCACACACGUUGGUCAAUCACGCACAUUUCUAACAUCGACCCAAUUGCAAAGUCCGUACGAUUUAUCGAUCCCCAACUUGAGAAUUCAUAAGGAUACCAAGGUUAUAUGCCAAGGGUUUACUGGAAAAACUGCUACGUUUCAUUGUAAGGAAGGUCUGGCUUACGGGACCAAAUUUGUCGGUGGCGUGUCCCCCAAGAAAGCUGGCCAACAACACCUCGGACUUCCCGUUUUUGGCAGUGUUACGCAGGCCGUAAAGGAAACUAGACCCGACGCUACAGUAAUCUACGUUCCUCCGCCAUUUGCAGCAGAUGCCGUGAUCGAGGCUGUAGAAAAUGAGAUUGGCUUGAUCGUUUGUAUCACCGAAGGGAUCCCUCAACAGGACGAAGUCAAAAUUGCUCAAGUUCUCAAGAGCCAAAGCAAAUCACGCUUGGUUGGUCCCAACUGUCCUGGGAUUAUCUCACCUGAUGUUGGUGGUGGAUGCAAGAUCGGAAUCAUGCCCUCGAAUAUCUUCUCCCCCGGAUGCAUUGGUGUCGUAUCUCGCUCUGGAACACUAACAUACGAAGCAGUAGACCAAACAACCAAGGUCGGACUGGGACAAACAUUGUGUGUGGGAAUUGGUGGUGAUCCUUUCCCUGGAACUCAGCAUAUCGACGUUCUCAAGGCGUUCAUGGAAGAUGACGCAACCAAAGGGAUCGUGCUUAUCGGAGAGAUUGGAGGAUCGAUGGAAGAGGAGGCAGCAGAGUAUUUGAAGCAAUUCAACAAAACCCGCUCCGUCCCCAAACCUGUCGUCAGUUUCAUCGCCGGCCGGACCGCACCUCCUGGGCGCCGAAUGGGCCAUGCCGGAGCAAUCAUCAGUGGUGGAAAGGGCAAAGCUGAAGACAAAGUCAAAGCCUUAGAAGAAGCUGGCGCCGUCGUCAGCGAUUCCCCCGCCAAAUUGGGUGAUCUUAUGCUUAAGGCAAUGAAACAAUCGGGACUUGCAUAA